CACUUCCGUUUCCCUCCGCCAUUCCGCCGCAGUCUGUGUCCGUCCCGGGGGCUGUUGUGUUUCGUCUCGUCUCGCCCAUUGCCGCGCAGGACCCCACGGGGAGCCGGAGAGGCACCACAACACAGGGAGGGAGAGAGAGAGGGCCGGAGCAACGACUGACUGUGAUUAAGUAAUCUGGAAUUAUGUCAGAUAACGGAAAAUUUGAGGAUCGGCCACCUGCCCCUCCUGUACGUGUAAAUAGCACAUUUUUCAUCUCAGGCAGCAAGGAUGCCUCAUCGAGCAACCACAACGCCAAACCCUUGCCAUCUGUGCCUGAAGAGAAGCAAAAACGACCCAAACUCAUAUUCCCGUUCACAAUCACGGGAGACAAAGGAAGUAAGAAAAAAGAUAAAGAACGUCCAGAAAUAUCUCUUCCAUCAGAUUUUGAGCACACAAUUCAUGUCGGGUUUGAUGCUGUAACGGGAGAGUUUACAGGAAUGCCAGAACAGUGGGCACGGUUAUUACAGACAUCCAACAUCACAAAACUGGAACAGAAGAAAAAUCCUCAGGCUGUCCUUGAUGUGCUCAAAUUUUACGAUUCCAAAUCAACAGUAAAACAGAAGUAUCUGAGCUUCACAGAGCAAUCAGAUGGGUUCUCUCCAGUGCCAGCCGUGCCUGGUUCAAAAGGCACUGACCCAUCAGGUGUAGCGACUGUUCCUGAGGAGGAUGAUGAUGAUGAAGCUCCCCCUCCAGUUAUUGCUCCUCGACCUGAACACACCAAAUCUCUUCUCACACGCUCCGUGAUCGAUCCAAUCCCACCUCCUGCCAGCAGAGAAGGGGAUGGUGAUGGCGCUGCAAAAGGAUCUGACAGAUCAAAAAAGAAGACCAAGAUGUCCGAUGAUGAAAUCAUGGAAAAAUUGCGAAGUAUAGUCAGUGUUGGAGACCCAAAAAAGAAAUACAGCCGAUUUGAGAAGAUCGGGCAAGGUGCUUCUGGGACAGUGUUCACAGCCAUUGAUGUGGCAACAGGACAGGAGGUGGCAGUCAAACAGAUCAACCUGCAGAAGCAGCCAAAGAAAGAACUGAUCAUCAAUGAGAUUCUGGUGAUGAAGCAGUUGAGGAACAACAACAUUGUCAAUUUUGUGGAUAGCUACCUGGUUGGUGAUGAACUGUGUGUCGUGAUGGAGUAUCUGGCUGGAGGGUCGCUGACUGAUGUGGUCACAGAAACUUGUAUGGACGAGGCACAGAUUGCAGCUGUCUGCAGGGAGUGCUUGCAAGCUUUGGAGUUUCUACACUACAACCAGGUCAUCCAUCGAGAUAUCAAGAGUGAUAAUGUGCUACUGGGAAUGGAUGGAAAUGUGAAGCUCACUGAUUUUGGGUUCUGUGCCCAAAUCACACCGGAGCAUAGCAAACGGAGUACCAUGGUGGGCACACCCUACUGGAUGGCCCCAGAGGUAGUGACACGGAAAGCCUACGGUCCCAAAGUGGACAUCUGGUCACUGGGAAUCAUGGCUAUCGAAAUGGUCGAAGGAGAACCACCUUACCUGAAUGAGAAUCCACUGAGGGCCUUGUAUCUGAUUGCUACGAACGGCACUCCAGAGCUUCAAAACCCUGAGAAACUCUCGCCAAUCUUCCGAGACUUUUUAAACCGCUGUUUGGAGAUGGAUGUGGAAAAACGAGGAUCUGCAAAGGAAUUGUUAGAGCAUCCGUUCCUGAAACUGGCAAAGCCUUUGUCCAGUUUGACACCUCUGAUCCUGGCAGCCAAGGAUGCUAUGAAGAACAACCGCUAGGAUCCCCUCAUCUCCUCCCAAAGGACCCGGAUCAAGUAUCUCAAUCUGCACCAACAUGGCAGAGCAGCUGUUGAUUCCUACUCUGGCAUUGCCAUGUGCCUGUCAUUGGUCACCUACACAAGCAAGAUUUGUCUUAAAGAAAAGUAUUCCCCAUAGACCUUCUCUCUCCCCUCCCCCUUGACAAUAUCAAUACUUGAACUGCAGAUCAAAAGAAUUGUCUCCGCAGAGGGUAGAUUUUUCCCACAAUUGCUGUUUGCUCUGCCAGUCGCUUGUCUCUUCUUUUCUCCUCAUGGACCUGUAUAGGGUGAGCUGGGCUUUGGGAUGCUCUGCUUGAUGCCUUUUUUUUGUAUAUUGUGUAUCUCAGCGGUGGAUUGCAUCCUUAGAAUUCAGGAGAAAUGUGGAAUAUCUGCCCUGAUUAUGCUUUUACUGUUUUUACUAACAAUCAAAUUCUGAUGGUCAACUUCAUCAGCUACUUCUCAUGCAGCGAAUCACGGGUUCCCUUCGUACCCAUGAGAGAUGUGAUUUUAUUUCUUGGUCUUAAAUGAUGCCUCAAUGACUGUGUGCACCCAUGGAGUAAUCUUAGGGAAGUUAAUUUUUCCGUUACGAUCAUUAAAGACAGUUGAUGUAGUUAGACUAGUUUAAAAUCUUGGCCUGAAUUGGAAGAGCGGUUUCAGAUCAUAUUGGAAAAGCUGGUUUACACUGAAUGUUUUCCCAGCAGCCAUAUGUUUCCCAGUGUCUGUGUUACUUCUACAACUGUCUUGCAUUGAAGUCCUAUGAUAGUCACCUCACUGAAACCAAGUCAGUAAGACUGGUGUUGAUAGAAAUGGGUUGUGUGUGUGUGUAUUUACUGUAAGAACUGGUUAGUUUAGGUGAAAGAGCAGUAUUUGGAUAGUAUUGAAAAGUAAAACAGUAUUCCCAUCUGCUUGGCUAUGUAGGCCAAAAAUCAAGAAACUUGCAUGGUCCCCAGCAUUGAAAAUAUAUUUAUUUUUUAUUAGAAAUCCACUUUUAAAGUGGUUCAUUUUCACAGACCUAUUUAAAAAGGGCAUUCGCCAUCAUAGCAUAGAUGGCAAUAACACAUCAGCUCCCAGUAGCUCAGAUGUAGUAGUUGGGUGCAAAUAAAUGUAAAGUAUUUUUACAUGAAAUGAAAGAACUUGCAUUUUAUCACACUUCUCUGGUAAUUACUGGAAAGCGGCAGUCAUUGGUGCCAACAAGGUCUCAGAAACAGUCACCAGUCACAGUCAUCAGUGAGGCUGCCACUGAGCUUGGCAAGGUGCGCGCACUCAAAAUCUUUGGAUUGUACCGGAGUGAAGAAUUAGCACCCAACUGUCACUAUUUGAAGCUCUGCUGAAGAGGGAAUACUGUCAAAGGUAGAAAACUCAACUUGUUACGGGUUACUCGAGUUCUGUUUUUGGAAAGGCAAGGCAUUGUCCAUCAAUUUCUGGGAGUGUUGGUGAAUGUGUGGCUUGUUGCUGCAAUGAUGUAAGGAUCAAACUUAACAAUAUGCAGAACACAUCCAUUAAGUGCCUAACAUCUGUAAUGAAGUGCCUAACCGCAGAGUCUGACAUAACUGGUGAUUUGGGGUUUUGGACUUUUUUAAUUAAUACUACAAAAAAUAAAAUUUUUAGAAAAA